CUCCCCUGCCUCCGUAUAUAGUUUAGUCCCAAAGCUCCUCUUCCUAUGACUUGCUCCCUCAAGUCCAAGCAAACCGGUGAUCCCACGAUCACCCACAGCGGUAGUUCGUCCUCACGCGUUUAGUUCCGUCUGCACUAGUCCUCGGAAUUCUGGUGUCGUAUACUUUUCCUAGGGAUGGAUUUCCUCGUUUGUGAUGCCAAGUCGAGGCAGGCGUGCAUGCCGAAAGGCAGACAUUCCUGGUCCGAUCCGCACUAUUCUGCGAGUUCUAAAAGCUCGACGCUCUCCUCGCCUCCUAGCUGUACAGAUUCUUUGGUUCCGUUAAGCUACGCUCAGACUCACGACCUCAUCGUCGGCAGCGUGCCGUUUCACGACCGGCACGUGUUCUUGUGCCACAAGGGGCCCGCGAACUGGCCGGAGAACCCGUUUUCUUUCGAUUGGGACUGCAUGCCGAGGAGGCUUCGUGCGGAUAUUAAAGCUCGCGAGGAGGAAAUGCAAAGAAAGACAAUGUUUACGGUCUGUGAAGGGAGGGACGUCCCUGGUUCCUACAACGGCGAUAUCUUGGUCUUUCCUGAGAUGCUGAUUUACAGGUCGUUGACCCGUUUCGAUGUUGAGUGCUUCGUGGAUGAGGCUCUUGUGCAGGAGCAGCCUCGUCUGCUCUGGCCAGAACCCCUUACCGGAUGCCACAUCUUUGUCUGCUGCCACGUCACCCGUGAUUCCCUCUGCGGUGCGAUCGGUCCUCAAGUCGUGGCGAGAUUUCGGGAGGAGAUCGAACGGCGCGGAUUGAUCGACGUUCACGUCUGGCCUUGCUGCCAUCUGUCUCCGAAUUUCUGCAUGGAUGCUUGUGUCGGUAACGUUUCCGUCUUCAAACGGAGCAAGCCGUCCUGCAAUAACUGUGGAAGGAAGAGGUCGGAGGAUCGACUCCUGACUGGCUCGAGGAGGCAGCACCUCCCUCCCGAAGCCCUUGCCGCGCUGGUGGCCGCUGCGUCCGCGGGCCAAUCAGGCGAGGUGCGGGGCGAUUGGUACGGCCAAGUCAUGCCUGAUGACGUGGCAGACAUCUUGGAGCUCCACGUCAUGGGAGAUGCAGUGGUGGAGCGGCUUUGGCGGGGGAGAAUGGGGAUGUGGCCGCAGCAGCAGGUGGAGGAGCAGGCCGAUCGUCUCGGUUCGAUGCGGUGCGUCUCCGCCGACCCUGAGGGCUCUUCCGAACCUCCCACUUCUGGCUCGGCUUCAGGCUCGGCGCUUUCCGACGCUGGUUCGGAAGUCUGUUCCUGCAUUUCCGCUGUAGUCACACGGUCUCUCUCCUCCUCCUCUCAGUCCAUCUCUGCUCAGAGCUCCCGUUCUAGCAGCGAGGCGUCUAAAGCGUCUAAUACUUCCAGUAACAGUCCUUGCGAUUUCGCCAAGUGCGAUGGCGGCGUGGCUCACAGCCCGUCGUCCACGCUGGACGCCGUUAAUCGGCUCCGGUCCGCGAGCUUCCACAGCUGCUCGUCGGGCUCCUAUUCCUCGACGUCAAUCGCCGCCUCCGCUUACCCCGCCGUCAGCGACGUCCGCGGCGAGGUCAGCGGCGGCGCGUCUCUUAAAGCGGACUCGUCCUUCUCCGGCUUGUCCGCGUCUCCCGGUUCUGCGACUAAGUGGGAUAGUUAUCUCUGUUGCUCGUCUUCUCUGCGCUCUGGUUCCGCGGAGAUCUGCUCGUCGCGCCCGCUGGGCCCAAAGAGGUUGCAGGCGCAGUCUAGCUAUAACCGGGUAACUUCAAUCGGCGAAGCGAACCUCGCCACCGAGAAGGAGAUGACUCGUUCAGCUGGGUGGCUGAGCUGGCAGAGGGACUCGGGCUUCGUGACGGGAAGUGGUGCCAUCGCUGUUGCUGCUGCCGCCGCGGUGGCGGUAGCUGGUGUGUCUACAGUGGUGUUUCUCUGCAAGAAGAAGGAUUAGGGCGCUCCUGCUGGCCAAUAACAGCAGUCAGCUUGUCCUCAUCUGAUGAGAUGUUGCUUCUGCCCGUGAAUGUAGGGCAGGAGUAGCAUGGAAGCGACGCUAAUGGUGGUUAUUAGGCGUGACAACAACGGACCUAAAUCCUGAUGUUGAGAAGCCAGCUACAUUGGCUGGCAGCCGCUAUGGGUGCCAUCCCCUGGAAUCACUUGUGGAGAGACUUUCUGCCAUCUGGGUACCUGUGUAACACAGGCGUCCUGCAGAGUAGGCAUGUGUGUAACGCUUCUCUGUCCUUGUUCUAUUGUAUAUAUAUCUAAUCUUGUUUCCUUGCUGCUGCACAAUAACAUGUUGUCGUUGUAAAGGGCUGUUCAAGGUGA